AUGACGCGCAGAAACGAGAUUGGUCGGGUUUUAUCAACCAUCAUGGUGUCCCUGGUUACGUUCAUUCUCGAACAGAAUCGCAAGAGAGUAUCCGCCCCUUACGUCGUACAAACAUAUUCUCGUACUCAGUUCAAGAUCCCGAUAGCAAACGAAAGCCAGAUUCCAUCCCAAUCCAACGGUGCUCGGAUAGCUGGAAGGGAGCAACCUUUUCAUCUCAUUGGCGUCAUAUCGAUCGAUCAUGAAAGCUUAACACAUUUCGCAGCACUCGAUGCAAUCGAAACAGCACUCACAGGACUCCUCACAGAGGAAACAGCAGCAAAGGGUGGCCAAACUAUGAGGAAAGGGAGAGUUAGCCAUGCUCCGGAGAGAUGUAAGCUGAACUGGAAAGGACGACAAAAUAAUCUUACCAAGCUCCCAGGCAUCCGCGAUCCUUCUGCUGUGGAGGAGGCUGCUGCUGAUAUUGCAUCUAAACAAUUAGUAUGUUUUGCUCCUGUGAAAUCCGUUUCCGGGGGUAUCAUACCGGAGGUGGGUAAGGCUGGCCGUAUCCUUGGGGAGCUUGGGGAGGAGGAUAUCCCUGUUGAGGGUAGCCCUGCUGAGGGUAGCUAUCGGAACAAGUUUAUCAGUACAGUAGCGCAGAGCAGCGAAGACUAUGACAAAAACUGCGGUUGA